AACGCACAUCAAAUCCAAAAAAAAAAAACAAAAAGUCCCCAAAAAACCCAACCAUAAACCGUAUAAAUAAUAUCAGGCCAAAGAAUACAAAUACUAUCAUUCGUAGGCCCCGAAUAUGUGAUAUAACCGCGGAAAUUGUCUUGACACUUAUCUGCGAAUUCGGUCACCGCGCUUCUUCGCUACCUUUAUAUACAGAUACAGAUAGAGCUACAGAUAUAUAUUUAUCAUUGUCCGCGAGUGGAGCUCUUAUCAAAUCAACAAAAGGCUUAUAUGGCGAACCGCAAUAACGAAAUGGGCAAACAAAAUUCCCCCCCUCCAAUAGCCCACUUAUAUAUUACGGUUAUACUCGUAUGUACAAACGGAAAGUAAACAAUCCAAAUAAAACUUGGCUAAAACAAACCUGUCGCCGCUCCAGUCGUAGUCGCAGUCCCAGUCCCAGUCGCAUUCGCAUUCCCAGUCGGAGUCAAUCGUUAACUUGAAGAUCGUUUCGAGUGGAGGGAGCCCUUAGUUCAGUCCGCGCCUCGUGAUUUUAAUCUGUUUGGUUUGGUUUUUGUCGCAGUCGGAAUUGUUUCAAAUAUAGCGUCAUGCUUUUGGGAUUGUUGUCGUUUUCGGGCUGAGAUUGUGCUGGGCGGCGGGAUUGACGGACGGACUGCCGGGGAGGUGGUGACGGCAAUUAGCGAGUUCAUGUGGCAAACACCUCGAAAGAAUCACGUACCGAAAGAGUAUAUUUCCCAAAAGUGAUUGAUUGUAAUCGUUGUUUGUACACACUACAAUAUAUGUACGGACGCGUGGAAACAAAAGCGGAGAAAACCCUCGAAAUUGUGUGUGCUGCAAGCGUUUGAUACGCCCCUACAUACGCCUCAUGCAGCUGCCAAUCUAUCGUCCCGCAGCCGCCAACCUGCUGCUGGGCCUGACUUCGGUGGUGGGACUCGUCGGCGGGGCCUACCUGCUGCAAUGUGGCGCCCAGCGUCUUCUUGGUAAAAUAGCCGAUAGGAAGUGGAAGAAGGAGGAAGCCAGGGAGCAGCAGAGCUGCAAUGUCUGCUGUGCAGACUUGGACCAGAGCAGUCCCAAAACCUAUGUGACAUGCUGUACAUGCGGAAAGUACGUUUGCCGCGGCCCCAAGUGCGCUGACUGGCGGCCCAAGGAUGCCGACUGGGAGUGCCAGCUGUGCCACAGCUCCAAGGAGUCGCUGGCCCACACCUCCUCCUGGGUGGCGGAGCAGAUGUCCUUUAACCAGCACAAGUUCGUGUAUCCGAUGCGGGCUCGCAGCGAGGUCUACAUACCCAUCACUGGCGAUGGUGAUGGCGAUGCCAAUGACAGCACAAUGCACAUUGAGAGCAUCAGCCAGAUAGGGCAGAGCGCUCAUCUCGAAGAGCGCGCCAAAAUACGUGCAUAUGUGGAGGAAAUCGUGGCGGAGAUGCUGGGCGGCAGUCUCGAUCACAUCAAAGUGGGACAAUUGUCCAAAAGCGAAAACUACUUGCAAUUCUUCCACAAAUUUCAUGCGAAACUUUCGAACCUGCUUAUCAAUGUGGAGAGCGACCUGCUCAAGGGAGAUCUGCCGGCCAUUGUCAAUGGGAGCAACAGCAACAGCAACAACAACAACAACAACAAUGGGGACUCCGAGUCUCUGGCAGACAUCUCGCAGACCCGUCUACGGAGUCUCAUCGAGACCAUCAUAGCGGAGACGCUGCGCAACAGUGCCCUGAGCGUGAGCGGAGCCGUCUCGGAGAUCAGCCUGGACACCCGCUCGCUGGCCGCCGAGCUGCCGAACAAUGGGAAUGGGCUGAAGCGCCGACAUCGCACGGAGCACUACUUCGAGCCGAAGAUCUAUCAGGAUCUGCUGGCCACAGCGGUGCUCAAUAAGAUUGCCGAUAAGGAAGGGAACACAAGGUUAAUAUCGGAGAGCACACCAGACUUGAGUGGUCACCUCAUUGAUGAGAAUUACAAUGCCGAAGCGUUGAGCACCACGUCCGGUAGUUCCAUUGAGCCCCGAAGCGAUUGCAGCCUCACCGACCAUGAAUUGGCACUGGAUACUGGCAAAUCCAAGUCCCUGCAGGCGGAUUUGGAGCGUGAAUCGGUUUUGAGUGAUUAUAUAGCCGCCCACAUGGUUCCCCUUCCGGACUUUUCGGCAUCUGUUACUGAGUCGGAGGAUGAUGUUGGAUCAAUCUCCUCGAGCAUGAUCGGCGAUGGCACUUGGGAGGAUAACUGGCUAUUCAAGAAGAAGCGCAGCUCCGUGCAGAGCUCGGUCACUCCGAGCAGCAUUGGCAUGCUGGUGCCGGCUCCCAUGGAGAAUGUGCGUGCCCAAAUCGGCGAUAGGACUGCGGACGAGGUCAGCGAUCUGUCGGAGCUGGGAUCGGAUGUAGAGGACAAUUCGCUUGAUUUACUGCGCUGCAACGAUCUAAACGAUCGCCUGCUGAGCAAGCAUCUGAUCGGUGGCCAGAACACAAAACUUGUGCUAGACGAGCUCGUAGAUCGGACCAGCCUGAUCUCCCACACCCUUCCGGAGGAGCAUGAGCCCGCAUUUACGGAAACCACAAACACGUUCGUCGUAGCAUCCUCUGCCGCGCCAUCUGAUAUUAUAGUUUCACUACCAUCACCCAUGGUGUUUCAAGAUGACUCGAUGAACGAGGAGCUGGUCCAGACUCCCAUUGCAGCCCAAGGCGAAACUGACGAACUGGCCAGCCUCGAAGGUUGCAUUGGUUACAGCACAGUAGAAUACAUUGAUGAAGAGCAGAUGCGCGAAACCACGCCGUCAGUUAUCGAGAUACUAGCCGCCAUUGCCUUGGGACCGAUGCUAGCGGUCCCAGCAUCGGAGCAGCCGGGGGUCAUAACUCCGAGUGAGAUGCAUACACUCAAGGAGCUAAGCGACUUGGCGCUCGCCGAAAUAAACGCUCGCACAAUGGACUUGGCGCACCAUUCACUUGACAUCAUAGAAGAGGAGAAUAUUGAAUUAAUGCCGUUCACCGGGAGUGUCUCACAACCUUCCACUAUAAAUGUCCAUCCAUCAACUCUGACAGACCCAACAACAAACCACCAAUCUACAGAAACAACAGCCGCCCAGGAGCCAAAAGUGGUACCAAAACCUGCCAUAGACAGUGAUGCGCCCAUACAUAACCCAUCGACAACAAAAAUUCUAACAGUAGAUAAACCAGCAGCAUUGGAUCCUCCGGCAGCAGUGGAAAUCAGUCCUGAAACGGACACUGUUGCUGUUGAUCCUCCUUCGCCAGCAGCAGCGGAAAUCAUUCCAGACGCAGAAACCGUAGCUGCGUAUCCUCCCGCACCAGUGGAAAUCAUUCCGGAAACAGAAACUGUUGCAGUUGAUCCUGCUCCUCCAGCAGCAGUGGAAAUCACUCCAGCAGCAGAAACUGUAGCUGUGGAUCCUCCAGCAGCAGCGUUGGAAAUCAUUCCAGACGCAGAAACGGUAGCUGUGGAUCCUCCCGCACCAGUGGAAAUCAUUCCGGGAACAGAAAUGGUUGCUGUUUAUCCUGCUCCUCCAGCAGCAGUGGAAAUCACUCCAGCAGCAGAAACUGUAGCUGUGGAUCCUCCAGCAGUAGUUGAAAUCAUUACAGAACCUGAAACCGUAGCUGUGGAUCCUCCGGCAGCAGCGUUGGAAAUCAUUCCAGACGCAGAAACGGUAGCUGUGGAUCCUCCCGCACCAGUGGAAAUCAUUCCGGAAACAGAAACUGUUGCUGUUUAUCCUGCUCCUCCAGUAGCAGUGGAAAUCACUCCAGCGGCAGAAACUGUAGCUUUGGAUCCUCCAGCAGUAGUGGAAAUCAUUACAGAACCUGAAACCGUAGCUGUGGAUCCUACGGCAGCAGCGUUGGAAAUCAUUCCAGACGCAGAAACCGUAGCUGUGGAUCCUUCAGCAGCAGCGGAAAUCAUUCCAGACGCAGAAACCGUAGCUGUGGAUCCUCCCGCACCAGUGGAAAUCAUUCCGGAAACAGAAACUGUAGCUGUUGAUCCUGCUCCUCCAGAUGCAGUGGUAAUCACUCCAGCAGCAGAAACUGUAGCUGUGGAUCCUCCGGCAGCAGCAUUGGAAAUCACUCCAGCAGCAGAAACCGUAGUUGUGUAUCCUCCGGCAGCAGCAUUGGAAAUCAUUCCAGACGCAGAAACCGUAGCUGUGGAUCCUCCCGCACCAGUGGAGAUCAUUCCGGAAACAGAAACUGUGGCUGUUGAUCCUGCUCCUCCAGCAGCAGUGGAAAUCACUCCAGCAGCAGAAACUGUAGCUGUGGAUCCUCCGGCAGCAGCAUUGGAAAUCAUUCCAGACGCAGAAACCGUAGCUGUGGAUCCUCCCGCACCAGUGGAAAUCAUUCCGGAAACAGAAACUGUUGCUGUUGAUCCUGCUCUUCCAGCAGCAGUGGAAAUCACUCCAGCAGCAGAAACUGUAGCUUUGGAUCCUCCAGCAGUAGUGGAAAUCAUUACAGAACCUGAAACCGUAGCUGUGGAUCCUACGGCAGCAGCAUUGGAAAUCAUUCCAGACGCAGAAACCGUAGCUGUGGAUCCUUCAGCAGCAGCGGAAAUCAUUCCGGAAACAGAAUAUGUGGCUGUUGAUCCUGCUCCUCCAGCAGCAUUGGAAAUCACUCCAGCAGCAGAAACUGUAGCUGUGGAUCCUUCAGCAGCAGCGGAAAUCAUUCCGGAAACAGAAACCGUAGCUGUGGAUCCUUCCGCACCAGUGGAAAUCAUUCCGGAAACAGAAUAUGUGGCUGUUGAUCAUGCUCCUCCAGCAGCAUUGGAAAUCACUCCAGCAGCAGAAACUGUAGCUGUGGAUCCUUCAGCAGCAGCGGAAAUCAUUCCGGAAACAGAAACCGUAGCUGUGGAUCCUUCCGCACCAGUGGAAAUCAUUCCGGAAACAGAAACUUUUGCUGUUGAUCCUGCUCCUCCAGCAGCAGUGGAAAUCACUCCAGCAGCAGAAACUGUAGCUGUGGAUCCUCCAGCAGUAGUGGAAAUCAUUAUAGAACCUGAAAUCGUAGCUGUGGAUCCUCCGGCAGCAGCAUUGGAAAUCAUUCCAGACGCAGAAAAGGUAGCUGUGGAUCCUCCGGCAGCAGCAUUGGAAAUCAUUCCAUAUGCAGAAACCUUAGCUGUGGAUCCUCCAGCAGUAGUGGAAAUCAUUACAGAACCUGAAAUCGUAGCUGUGGAUCCUCCGGCAGCAGCAUUGGAAAUCAUUCCAGACGCAGAAAAGGUAGCUGUGGAUCCUCCGGCACCAGUGGAUAUAAUUACGGAAACAGAAACUGUUGCUGAUGAUCCUGCUCCUCCAACAGCAGAAACUGUAGCUGUGGAUCCUCCAGCAGCAGCGGAAAUCAUUCCCGAAACGGAAAUCGUAGCUGUGGAUCCUCCGGCAGCAGCAUUGGAAAUCAUUCCAUAUGCAGAAACCUUAGCUGUGGAUCCUCCAGCAGUAGUGGAAAUCAUUACAGAACCUGAAACCGUAGCUGUGGAUCUUCCGGCAGCAUCGUUGGAAAUCAUUCCAGACGCAGAAACCGUAGCUGUGGAUCCUUCCGUACAAGUGGAAAUCAUUCCGGGAACAGAAAUGGUUGCUGUUGAUCCUGCUCCUCCAGCAGCAGUGGAAAUCACUCCAGCAGCAGAAACUGUAGCUGUGGAUCCUCCAGCAGUAGUUGAAAUCAUUACAGAACCUAAAACCGUAGCUGUGGAUCCUACGGCAGCAGCAUUGGAAAUCAUUCCAGACGCAGAAACCGUAGCUGUGGAUCCUCCCGCACCAGUGGAAAUCAUUCCGGAAACAGAAACUGUUGCUGUUUAUCCUGCUCCUCCAGCAGCAGUGGAAAUCACUCCAGCAGCAGAAACUGUAGCUGUGGAUCCUCCAGCAGUAGUCGAAAUCAUUACAGAACCUGAAACCGUAGUUGCGGAUCCUCCGGCAGCAGCAUUGGAAAUCACUCUAGCAGCAGAAACCGUAGCUGUGGAUCCUCCGGCGGCAGCAUUGGAAAUCAUUCCAGACGCAGAAACGGUAGCUGUGGAUCCUCCCGCACCAGUGGAAAUCAUUCCGGAAACAGAAACUGUUGCUGUUGAUCCUGCUCCUCCAGCAGCAGUGGAAAUCACUCCAGCAGCAGAAACUGUAGCUGUGGAUCCUCCAGCAGUAGUUGAAAUCAUUACAGAACCUGAAACCGUAGUUGCGGAUCCUCCGGCAGCAGCACUGGAAAUCACUCUAGCAGCAGAAACCGUAGCUGUGAAUCCUCCGGCGGCAGCAUUGGAAAUCAUUCCAGACGCAGAAACGGUAGCUGUCGAUCCUCCCGCACCAGUGGAAAUCAUUCCGGAAACAGAAACUGUUGCUGUUGAUCCUGCUCCUCCAGCAGCACUGGAAAUCACUCCAGCAGCAGAAACGGUAGCUGUGAAUCCUCCAGCAGCUGUGGAAGAUGUAGAAACCGUAUCUGUGGAUCCUCCAGAAGCAGUUGAAAUCAUUACAGUCACAGAAAACGUAGCUGUGGAUCCUCCUGCAGCAUUGGAAAUCACUCCAGCAGCAGAAACUGUAGCUGUGGAUCCUCCAGCAGUAGUUGAAAUCAUUACAGAACCUGAAACCGUAGUUGCGGAUCCUCCGGCAGCAGCAUUGGAAAUCACUCCAGCAGCAGAAACCGUAGUUGUGUAUCCUCCGGCAGCAGCAUUGGAAAUCAUUCCAGACGCAGAAACCGUAGCUGUGGAUCCUCCCGCACCAGUGGAAAUCAUUCCGGAAACAGAAACUGUGGCUGUUGAUCCUGUUCCUCCAGCAGCAGUGGAAAUCACUCCAGCAGCAGAAACUGUAGCUGUGGAUCCUCCGGCAGCAGCAUUGGAAAUCAUUCCAGACGCAGCAACCGUAGCUGUGGAUCCUCCCGCACCAGUGGAAAUCAUUCCGGAAACAGAAACGGUUGCUGUUGAUCCUGCUUCUUCAGCAGCAGUGGAAAUCACUCCAGCAGCAGAAACUGUAGCUGUUGAUCCUCCAGCAGUAGUUGAAAUCAUUACAGAACCUGAAACCGUAGUUGCGGAUCCUCCGGCAGCAGCAUUGGAAAUCACUCUAGCAGCAGAAACCGUAGCUGUGGAUCCUCCGGCGGCAGCAUUGGAAAUCAUUCCAGACGCAGCAACCGUAGCUGUGGAUCCUCCCGCACCAGUGGAAAUCAUUCCGGAAACAGAAACUGUUGCUGUUGAUCCUGCUCCUCCAGCAGCAGUGGAAAUCACUCCAGCAGCAGAAACUGUAGCUGUUGAUUCUCCUGUAGCAGUGGAAAUCAUUUCGGAAACAGAAAUCGUAGCUGUGGAUCUACCAGCCGCAGGGGAAAUCAGUCCUAAAACGGACACUGUUGCUGUUGAUCGUCCUCCGCCAGCAGCAACGGAAAUCAUUUCAGAAGCAGAAACCGUAGCUGUGGAUCCUUCCGUACCAGUGGAAAUCUUUCCGGGAACAGAAAUGGUUGCUGUUGAUCCUGCUCCUCCAGCAGCAGUGGAAAUCACUCCAGCAGCAGAAACGGUAGCUGUGAAUCCUCCAGCAGCUGUGGAAGAUGUAGAAACCGUAUCUGUGGAUCCUCCAGAAGCAGUUGAAAUCAUUACAGUCACAGAAAACGUAGCUGUGGAUCCUCCUGCAGCAUUGGAAAUCACUCCAGCAGCAGAAACUGUAGCUGUGGAUCCUCCAGCAGUAGUGGAAAUCAUUCCGGAAACAGAAACUGUGGCUGUUGAUCCUGCUCCUCCAGCAGCAGUGGAAAUCACUCCAGCAGCAGAAACUGUAGCUGUGGAUCCUCCGGCAGCAGCAUUGGAAAUCAUUCCAAACGCAGAAACCGUAGCUGUGGAUCCUCCCGCACCAGUGGAAAUCAUUCCGGAAACAGAAACUGUUGCUGUUGAUCCUGCUCCUCCAGCAGCAGUGGAAAUCACUCCAGCAGCAGAAACUGUAGCUGUGGAUCCUCCGGCAGCAGCAUUGGAAAUCAUUCCAAACGCAGAAACCGUAGCUGUGGAUCCUCCCGCACCAGUGGAAAUCAUUCCGGAAACAGAAACUGUUGCUGUUGAUCCUGCUCUUCCAGCAGCAGUGGAAAUCACUCCAGCAGCAGAAACUGUAGCUGUGGAUCCUCCAGCAGUAGUUGAAAUCAUUACAGAACCUGAAACCGUAGUUGCGGAUCCUCCGGCAGCAGCAUUGGAAAUCAUUCCAGACGCAGCAACCGUAGCUGUGGAUCCUCCCGCACCAGUGGAAAUCAUUCCGGAAACAGAAAUGGUUGCUGUGGAUCAUGCUCCUCCAGCAGCAUUGGAAAUCACUCCAGCAGCAGAAACUGUAGCUGUGGAUCCUUCAGCAGCAGCGGAAAUCAUUCCGGAAACAGAAACUGUUGCUGUGGAUCCUUCUCCUCCAGCAGUAGUGGAAAUCAUUGCAGGGACAGAAUCGGUGGUUCUGGAUCCUACCGGUGCAGUGGAAUUCAUUCCGGAGACACAAACUAAAGCUGUGGAAAUACCAGCUGUUGAAGUGGAGGCUAAGAGCGUUUCGGACCUUGGUCCGAAUGCUUUAAUCGACGAUACGCAGUUGUUAAGUUGUGUUCCGAAACCGCUAAAAGAGUCAGAUAACAUGGACACAUCAUUAUUGGAACCAUCAUCGGAAUGCGUUCCAGCGCAAACAUCCGUAGAAUACACUAAGAGCGAUAGUUCCGCUCUAGGUUCCAUUGCUGAGCGAGAGGUCAAGAAGUGGUACAAUGCCGUCGAAAUGCCCAACAACCCUUAUGCGCCCGAGGCUCUGAAGCAGCGUAUCAGUGGCACCCAGGAGCGGUACAUGGAUGUGCCAAAUAUCAGUCCCAGCGCCGAGCAGAAGGCUCUGGCCGCCGCCCUCACUGAAGAUGGCGACCCGGCGCCACCAUCAACCGACUACAAACGCUACAGCCGCGACUACUACAUCAACAAUGCCCCCAAUGGCACAGAAGUAAACGGAAUCGUACGGAGAGCAUCGUCCGGCGCAGAGAAGCAGCCGUCCGCAGAGGAUGUUGAGCAGGACAUAGUUAUCACCGAGGCGGCUCAAAACGCAAGCACAACUGCAAUAGAGCAGGAUAAGGAACAGGAAUCAGUUGCGGCUAACGUUUACACGGCCUUGCCAGCUCAGGUAUUUGACGAUUUGCUAGAGACCCAGUCGAACCCAUCGCUUCACUCCCUGCAAACAACGACAACCACCAGCGAUGAAUCCGAAACGGUGCGCGUCUACGACUUUAACAAGCAGGAGACCACGGUCAUCAGACCUGCCCCUGCGGAGCAGCAGCCGAGCUCCUCCACGACAUCAUCCAUGGAGUCAGCUCAGAGCGCGUCGGUGUCCUCUUCCUCCAUAGACGCAUCUGUGUCCAAAAAGCGUGAGCGACCAGUUGUCCUACAGUUUGGCCCUGCCGACUCGGUGCCCACAAUCGGUUCGCCAGUGAACACCCCCACAAGAGGCUCAACGCCCCCGGCGUUCCGCUUUCUCCAGCCAAAACGACGCCUCAUCGAGCCGAGUCAAGUGCUGUCUGUGGACGAAGAUGAUGUGAUGGAGCCUAAUACACCCGUCGCCGAGAAGCCCGCCGUAGAAGAUGAGGUGGUGCAUGCAAUGCCGUCAGUGAAAGCUCUGGCCCAGGCCUUCCUCUUGACUAGCAAAGCCCAGCAAGCCGAGCGACGAUGGCGAUCAAAGGUGCGGCUAUCCUUACCAGCUGAUACGUCAGACAAGUCUCCUACCUCCCUAGCACGGCGACACAAGCUGGAGCAUGCUGUUUCCAUGGCAGAGGUAGCCGAUGAAUCUACGAUCGCCUCUGACUUAUCAUCCCUCGAAACGGAUCCAUCUAUUCAAUCGGACGGUUCCACGAACCCACCUAUCGCCUCUCCUGUGACCCCAGUCCCCGUACGUCAUGGCUUUCUCCGGAGCAAUAUUGCUUUCUUUGAGAACUUAAAGUUUAAGUGAAUAAGCGAAGGGGAUGAGAUGUGCCUCCAUUGGUGGAUAUUCCUUGAGUAAUAUGCACGGUAAUGGUAAAGCACUCCACGCAUCGUCACCAAAAAUUAUGUGCCAUGGCCAUGGCCAGCAUUUCCCAGCCAGAGACCUACCACACACACAACAAUGUACUUAACUUCAAUUGUUACUUGUAGUCCGUAUUUAUUAUUAAUAACUAUUAUAUCCAUGGAUACUAUUUUUUUAGCCCUAAGAUAUGUAUUAUGUAUGUAUGUACUUAUAAGGCGUAACAGAGCUAUUUAAAGUUUUACCAAGAAAUGUUACAUUUUACCCGUACGUGUUUAACUGUUGCAUACUUCUAAUCAAUAAAUCUUACAUAGACUCAAA